AUGACUUCUUCUUCAAAUAAUAUUUUACAAAACUGUUCAAAUGAAACUUCAGUGGUUUCGGCUCCAGUCUCAACAAAUAUGAUUAUUGAUUCACCAACUGUACCUAUACAAAAUGGACUUUCGUCCAAUGGUUCAUUUGAUGGUUUCCAACAAGUAGAAAAUAAAAGAAAAAGAAAAUUAAACGUAAAUUGGCGACAUCUGCAAUGAAGAAAAAACGUACACGUUAAUCAAACAAAUAGUAUUUCAAAAUCUGUUUCACCUUCGCCUGUCUUCUAUACCGGUUCCGAUUGCUGCUGAACUUUUACUACAUAAGGUAGUUCAACAAGUGGGAGUUAUUCAUCAUGUACAAGGUAUUCAACCAGUUCAAAAUAUUUAAGAAUUACAAGAUAUUCAACAAGUCUUAGGUGGUCCACAAGUUCGAUGUGCUCUACCUUCAUCUCAUCCACAACAGAUCUCAAUCACUACUGAAUCUACUCGUUAUGCACAAACACGUUACCCCAUUUCUCCCUUUAUCACCAGGUUCAAUGCUGGUAAGUUACAUCAAAUCAAAUUAAAGAACGUUUAGCUGCUUAUUGUAAUCAAAAAUAUUAAAUGGAAAUCAAGAUUUUAAAUUGUCGCUUAUCUAAUAGAAGUUCCAACAAUGAAUAUGAUUUCCUUCUUUUCUUAAAAGAUGCCUCUUCUUUUUCCUUUCUAUUAGAUCA